CCUAACUUCAGUGAGAGCGCACUCAGUGAACGAACUACGUCCUAAACCUUUGUGGAUAUUUCACUAUUCAAUCAUGACUCUUGAGGAAAUUCACGGACAAGAGAACUCAGAAACAACCGACAGAAUGCAUGUCAUCGGUACUGCUUUGGAAGAGCUGCUCGUUUCGGCGAAGACACAAGACUGCUUGACAGUUGGGGUAUACGAAUCAGCAAAAGUCAUGAAUGUUGAUCCAGACAGUGUGGCGUUCUGCGUGCUAGCGACUGACGAGGAGUACAAAUGCGACAUUGCUCUCCAGAUCCACUUCACUCUCAUCCAGUCUUUUUGCUUUGACAACGACAUCAACAUCGUCAGGGUAAACGACAUCGAGAGCCUUGCCGGUAUUGUUGGCACUGACGAGUCAGAGGAACCCAAAGACGCUCACUGUAUUCUUGUAACGAGCCCCGAUGUGGACUCAUGGAAAGAUCCUGCUUUGGACAAACUUCGACUGUUCUGCGAAGAGAGCCGCGGUGUCUAUGACUGGGUGCCAACCAUCGUCCUCCCCGAGCGCUGAACAGGGUCACUUCUCAACGCUUUUGCAACAAAGAGAAGGAACCUAUUCAGGAUCACCGAGCGUGGAGUUAUCUCUCUGAAAGCGGAGGAUGCAAACUGCACCUGCAGAUUUCGGGGACUCUCUCUCUCUCUCUCUGAAAAGCCGAGCUGGCAGUGACAGAUGAAGAUGGACUGGAUGGGUGCAGGAAAGUUCUGUUAAAGUCGAUGAGGAGUUGACUGGGUCGAGAUGGACUUAUGUGGCGGAUACAGUACGUGUCUCUUACACCCUCCACACAUGCAGUCGUGGAUGGAUAAGAUGGAGAUGGAGAUGGAGAUGAAACGUCAAAACUGGAAUGUGAAUAGAUGGACCGUGAUAUGAACUGUCCUAAAGAAGGGAGACAAGGAAUUAACUGGACUGAUGCAUGAGUGAACCUAAAAUGGAAUGGUGGACUUUAUGUAAUGGGAAGUUUCUGAUCGAAACAAUGGCAUUAGCUUCCCCUGGCAAUGAAGAACGUUGUGUCUGGAUGGACACUGAGAAAUCAUUGUUAUGCUAAAUAAUGGAUUUUUUUUUACAGUAAAAAAAAAAAAAUGCCAUGACAUUGUAAAACGACUUGCAAACAUGAAUAAAUAUUUUAAAAGUUUAUUCAUUA